AUGUGGAUACCACAACGGAUUGAUUGUAAUUCAUUAGCAGUUUUCAUUUUCAUUAUUAACAUUCUCACCGUCCGAGCUAACAAACAUGUAUCUCAAUUAUUAGAAAAUCUACUAACUGAUUAUAAUAAAGCAGUAAGACCUGUCCACAACGCAUCAGAUGCCUUGAAAGUGAAGUUUGGAGCAAAUUUGUGUAGGUUGAUUGAUGUUGACGAGGUUAAUCAAGUCUUAACUACUAGUCUUUGGCUUGAGAUGCAGUGGUAUGAUAAAAAGUUGACAUGGAAUCCGAGUGACUGGGGAGGAGUGGAGUAUAUCCAUAUUCCAUCAGAUCAAAUUUGGAUUCCUGAUAUUGUUUUAUAUAAUAAUGCCGACGGAGAACCACAUAUCACAAUCACAAGUCUCGCAAAGAUUGACAACCAUGGAACAGUAGUUUGGCAGCCACCGUCAAUUUAUAAAAGUUUCUGUCCCAUUAACAUCAAGUACUUCCCUUACGACUGGCAAACUUGUGAAAUGAAAUUUGGUGGAUGGACAAACGACGGAGAGACGCUUGACUUGUAUCAAAUCCCAGUAGAUGUGAAUGAUGUCCCACAACCAAAACAACAAGAAGAUGGUGUCGAGUUUCUUUAUCUUGAGAAAGGACUCGGUUUAAGUUUUUACCAUGAAAGCGCGGAAUGGGAUUUGCUCAGUGCCACCUCGUCGCGUUAUGCUCAGAUUUAUCCGGGAUGUUGUGGACAGCAGUAUUACAUCGAUAUAAAAUACCGCAUUAUCAUCCGUCGGAAAGCUAUCUUCUUCACUGUCACUCUGACGAUUCCAUGCAUGCUAAUCGCCAACGUUACUCCAUUUGUAUUCUUGAUCUUACCCAAUGAGCAUAAAAUGACAUUUUCGAUCUCAGUGCUUGUCGCAUUCUCCGUGUUUUAUUUAGUACUAAUCGAUCUUAUUCCCCCUACAUCUUUAUCGUUAUCUCUUAUAGGAGUCUAUCUUCUUUUCACUCUUCUCAUGGUCUCAGUUUCCAUUAUUCUUUCCGUUGUCACCAUCAAUAUGUACAGAAAACAAGCUUUCUCCUCAGAAAUGCCUCAUUGGCAAAGGUGGUUAUUUGUGCAACGUCUUCCUAAACUUCUCCGUUUGAAAACGUUAGAACAUACAUUAGAACCAGAAGAUGGUAGUGAAACGACAACUCCUCGAACCGGAUCGGUAUCUGUUACCGCUUCGGUCACACAAAAGCAUCCGAAUCCAAAUAACAGCUCACCAGUGUUUCCACCUCAACGGUUACGUUUGUUGAGUCUCGUGCAGAUGGAUGAGGCUUUGAAGCAACGAUGCGCAGCAGAUAACUUGGAUUUGUUCCGAAAGAUUGCAGGUCACUUGAAAAUUAUUUCAGCACAUUUUCACAAUCAACAGAUGGAGAGUAAGAUAACAGAAGAAUGGCAACUGAUGUCGUUAGUAAUCGAUCGAAUAUUUUUGAUAUUGUUCUUAGCAGUUAGCAUGGCAGCUAAUAUAAUGUUUGUCUACAACUCUCCAACACUGUUUGACGAUCGGCCUUCUUUAAUACCCACGAUGAAAUCUAGUACAUCAGAUUUUUUGACCGAUGUACAGACUGUAAAUAUUGUCAUCAAACAGAUAGGACCAAAUAAAGCUCUUCCCGCGUUCAAACGAAUUGUGGAAAGAUGUUCGAGACAACGGGUCAUACAAGUUUCGGAUAAUCCGCGAAGAUUGUUCCAUUGCUCCUUUACACAAUCCUCGUCAUACACGGAAUUCAGUGAAUUGCAGCAACAUCGUCGUGUGUUUGCCGUCAUUGGAGUCGCGUUCACAAAUGGACAUGGAGAACCGGACAGAUCGACACGAGCAUCCAGAGAGUCGACGGAUUCCGAAGUCUCAGAAAUCGAGCAAAUCACAAAUGCUUACAAUAAACUGAAAUCCGAUUAUUCCAAUAUAAUCUGUGGUCGAUGCAUUCUAAUCGGCGGCAAAGACGAAGAUUUCAACGAAGUCGAACGACAUGAACGUCUUUGUUUUCCGAGUUUGGAAGAUGCGACACAAUUGGAAAGUGCCAUUCGUGAAUUGAUGAGAGCUAUUUAUAUAGUUAUCGAGAUGAAGAGAGUCGACGUGUCGUUUGAGAAGAAGCAAGAAAUCGUUUGCCCCACGCUACCGGAUGAGUCCCGUUGGCAGGUUGGAGUUGAGACAAAAUCUACGAAGAGUUACAGAAAAAAAUGUCUUGGUAGAUAUCGAAAACAACACGCGGACUACUGUUUGCUCACUGGUCUCCCUCAACUUGCACUGGAAGCAUACGAAGGAGCUAUCGAAAGUCUGAAAUCUGCCCAAGAUCACUUGUGGCUGGCCGCUGCAUAUGAUGGAUGGGCGAGUACAGUCUGUAUCCUUCAUGCAGAACAGAUGGGCGAGAUCAAUUGUGGCGCAUUUCAUCGUGUCGCUAGUAUGCAUGCCAUGUUGACGAUUCCAUCGAUCGAAAUAAAUACGCAGAGCGGUGAAAGUUUAUCCGUAUCGAAUGACAGCGUUCUCAGGUAUCACCUUGGGAAUGCAGAGCAUCUGGAUGAAACACAAGUCAAAACACAACAUUUCAGCUCUCCGCAAGGACACAAACGACACCAUUCGGAUGAACACAUUCGUGUCACAUCGUCUCUGUCGAAUAGCAAUAGUAUUGAAAGAAAUGAAUCGUUUGGAAAUGAAAGUGGAAUUGUUAGCAAUGGAUCUUCUCCCUCUAUCAGAGAGGAACCGGCCAAAGUGAAAGCGUCGAAAGGGUUGAAUCCACUUUCCAAUUUUCUGAGUGAUAGGCGUGAGAAACCAACUAAAGAGAGAGUUAUGGAAAAUUUCAAGAACGCAAUCGACGAAUUUGCAAAGUUCACUCUAGCUGGAUGGUUGGAGUACGAAACUGUGAUGCGAGCCAUCAUGUACUUGAUUCUCGAGCGAAAAUACAUCAAACUAGAGCAGUUCCACCGUGACUACACCGGAAAAUACCUCGACGACGCAAAUUCCUUCAUGGACCACCGGAUGAAAGCUCAAAUCUGCUUAAAUUCAGCCGCUAUGUACAAAGAAAUCGGUUUCUUGAGGAAACAAGCGUUUUAUGCAAGACUGAGUGUCCUGUUUGAACUCCACGUGACAGAAGGGCGUGUUCGGCAGGCUGGUGACUACAAAACUGUCUAUCCGGUGUUGUUCAAAACUCUCGAAGGGUAUGGUGUUGAUUUGAGUGAACCACAUGACAUGAAAAACAAGAAAAUUGGACCGGUAAAACUACAAAUCAAAUCUCUUCAUGAGAUCUUCACAGCCGCCAAUCGUGCCGGACAUCGUGAUGCAGCGAUUCGUCAUCUGUGUUUUUUACUUCAGGUGUACUACCCUCAUCUGGACAGCUCUAUGACAACUCGACUGUUCGAUGACUUGGACAACCUGGUCAAAGCAACAAACACCGUCCACCAGCUGAACCAGACAAUUGUGGUAGACGAUGGGAAGAUUAUCAUCCCAGGACUCCAGUUAACAAGAUUCCCACUCAUUCAAAAUCCAACGGUACUCGCACUUCAACCGAACCUGGCGCCAACAAUUGUCCCUAGCAGAAGUCAAGCAUCAAUUUUCAUUUACACUCCGUUCGGCAAAAAAGUGGACAACUCUCUUCUCUGGGUAACGGACUGCCCCGGUGAAGUGGAAGUGACUGUCAAAAACUGUCGUGGAUUGGAACUUGUAGUUCGGGAACUUUGUCUGAUUGUGGAAGGUGUUAACUUCGAGCCAGUUCAAGCUCGCUUGAUUCUGCCACCAGAAGACGAGGAGAACAACUCGGGAUCAACGAUUCGUCUUCUCGGAGUUCCAAAAGAGCCCGGAGAUCUUUUCAUAACCGGAUACUCAUGCAACAUUUUCGGACUACACAAUGAAUGCCGUUUUCUCUCACACAAUAGCCAAAAACCGAACAAAAUCCGUGUGAAAGUAUUGCCCAAACUGGCGAGAGUAUAUUUGGAGUGCUCUCUUCCACGAGCUCCAAUUGAUGAGGAGAACGAUGAGCCGUCUGCUGAAGCUGUUGUAUACUCUGGUCAGAAGUUUGAUCACACGAUUACUGUGGUGAAUAGUAGCGACAUUCCUGUUCGUUAUUGUGGUGUUAAAAUUUGGCAACCGAUUGUGCAAGGAGGACCACCCCUCAUUCGACUUGAUGACUCGGAAACUCAUGCUCCAGAACUGGAGGAAUUCGAUACAAAUGAUGAUCUCUCUAGUUUCAUUUUGGAGCCGAAUGGAUCAAGAGAGAUGAAAUUCCACAUUUUCGGAAUAGAUCCAACUUCCACCGCUGACGACUUGAGUGACGAGGAGAAAGUACUGGAGAGCGUUGUACCACUGGCAAACACUCAGGCGAAUUCUGAAACAGAAUCCAACGAUAUGGACUUGAUUCCAUUCACAGGACGUCUUCUUACUGCUGAAUUUAUUGUGAGAUACCACUCGGAUAUUACGUCAGAAGAUGGACACUCUUUCGAGCGAAAGUGUAAACUUCCUAUCGCCAUUUCAAUCAUUCCGGCGGUCACCGUUUCGGCAUGGCACGUACUCCCAGGAGACAGUCCAUUCUCUAGGUACAUUGUGGUGGACGUCACAAACAGUACUGAACACGAUGCAGAGCUAGUUUACAGCAAUUCUCGCAGAAUGUACGUGCUGCCAAAGGAGACUUGUAGAGUUCCCAUUCUAUCGCCAUGCUGUUCUGAUGUCACAGGAGGGGCUUUCCACCAGGCAAAACAACGUGGAAGUCACAUGAUGCAGAAGAUGGAAACCGAACGACUGCGUCUCAUUCUUGAAAACCAUGUUUCCAAACAUUUGGAUAUCCGUUGGGCUAUUCCUGCUCUCAACCUUGAUGGUCAAGUUCCAGUUGGAUCACUUCUUUCAUCUGUGUCACUGUUGAAACAACUUGUCCUCCCAGCAAUUAGUCUCGAUUUCUUUGUCAACGGAAAACAAUAUGUCAGCGAAGAUGAUGUUGCAGUUGGAAUUGGACAGUUUGUUGAAGUGGAAGUUUCCAUUAUUUCUUCCCUAGCAGCUGAAUACAAUGGGAUCCUUUCUCUCGAAUGUGAACAAGAAAUUUCUCACUUGCUCGGAUCAAACGACACCAGCACCUUCAUGUUGGUUACCGGAUUGAAGAAAAUUCCGUUUGCUGUUGAUAAGGAGAACAAACAAUCGGCUAGAUUCAGUGUCACAUUCAUCGUGGAAGGAAGUUUCCGAGUCCGCCCUCAAAUCACGCCAGCACCUGGACAAAAUGCUCUUCUAGCAGAAGACAUGUUUGCAACUCCAGUCGCAUUCAGCGUCUCAACCAAGUUCUAA